CGGCGCAGCGAGCGUGAAAAAACGCGUUCGGUAUAUGCGUGUCUAAUAAUCGCGGAGUCGCGAGGAUGCCGUGGCGGCUCUACGGGAUCCCGAUUUAGCCCCGCCGAUCGGUGCGCGCGAUAGCCACGAGUAGACACGAAGGUGAGUGGCGGGGGCACUUCGCGAUCCUGAUGCAACUCGGAAGAGAGAACUCGCUCUCGCUGCAGAAGAGAGAUCUCCCACACGUUAGCGGCUAGUUGUACAGGAGUUGCGACACGCGAAGAACGAGGGUGUCGACAUGCGAAGAACGCGCGACAGCACGCACGGCAGAUUGUCGUUAGGACGAUAAACACUCAAAUUCAUUUUUGUGCACACAAGAGGAAGAAGUUAGCGAUGGAUUACUUUUGAAUUCACUGUAAUAAUAGGUAUGACACGACCUAAGCAAGAUACACGCAUCACGAGUUUUCUUACACUGUUUGAGCCAUUGCAAAAUAAGGAUUUGUCAAAGAAUUUAUACCAUAAGGAAACUACAGAAGAAGAUAUCAUUAUGGAUACAACUUCUAUGUGUGAGAAUAGUAAAGGUAGAAAGGAGCGUUUAAAAACUCAACAGCUGGAAGAUACUACAGUAAAUGAUAAUAACACAGUCAAAGACAACUUUCCAUGGUUACCUAAAUUCAGUAAAGUUAUACAUUCGUCCAUAGGAAGUAGAAAUUAUCGACAUCUUGAACGGUCGCUUUUACUCUACACACAGCAUAUUACUUCUAGUAUGGCAUUGAGCAAUGUCAAGUCUGGUGACGUAAUUAAUCUUAAGAGUCAUAUUAAUAACAUGUUAAUAUUCUUUCACUGGUACUGGCUCGAUAUAAAACAGGAUAUAACUGAUCAUAAUUCGUAUUUGAAUAGAAUGUCCGCUUUGUUAAAUGUGUAUAUAGAUAUAGAAUUAAAAACCUCGACAGAUAAAAGAUGUUCCGGUUAUGUUAAAGAUUCCUCUAAGAUUGCUGCAAAAAUUCUUGCAGCACUGUACAUAUACUUAAAUAACUCGGAAGAGCAUAUUUUCAGGGUAUUACUUAGAAUUCAGCACGCUACGGAAAGAUACGCGAAAAUUUGCGAUCAUCUGUUCAUGAAGAGUUUCACUAAUCUCACAACAAAGAUGACAUCUAUGACUGAUAUAGCUUAUGUCAGAUAUCUACUCGCCUUCAAAAUGUGGAAGAAAAUGGCAGAAGAUUACGACAGGAAAGGAAGAAUUAACAAGUUAGCUUUAAUGCUGUUAGGGUUGCGCAUGCCGAAGUUGCGAGAUGAAUUAUUAAAAUUCGUUCCGAGACCGCCCGUAAAUCAAGAAAAUGAAACAUUAUGGUUAUUGCAAUCAAAUCUAUUCGAUUUAAAGCAGAGUCAUAAAUAUUUUCUGCAAUUUGAAGAUGAAAUGGAUAACCCUACGAACUCGCAAUGUAUCAAAACAAUUCAUGCUGAUCAGAGUUGUUCAGAGCCUCAGAAAAACCAGGUAAAUCCGUUACCUCAUCGAAGCAAUUCGAAUGGGGAUGCGUCUAAUCACGAGGUAAAUAAAGAUCACUCGGGUGUUUUGCCAAACCGUAAUCCAAUACCAGGCAUUGAUGGAAAUAAGUCUAUGGAUCAAACUUAUUUGCAAAAGAAGGGAACAAAAAGUCUCAAACCACUAAAAAAAAUGAGGAAAAAACCCAGGAAAACUAUAAUUAUCGAUUUGACCGGAGACGAUGAGAUAAGUGUCCCUUACAAAGUAAAAAGAAAGAAGACUAAACAAAAAUUAGGCUAUUUGAAGAUCAUGAAGAAGAAGCAUAAGUUGCAAAAGCAUAUCAAUACGCCGAAAGAUUCCAGCCGGCUUAUGGAUGCCGAUACUCAAGCAUGCUCUAACAACAUCAGCAAAAGCUCCGACGACAAAGUUCGUUUGGAGUGCAAGCCUAUCUCUGACAACAAAGUUAAUGAUGGUACGGAAAAUUGCGUUUCAAUGAACAGCAAAUCUUCAUCAAACGACACCAACUGCGUUAAUCUGCAGAAAAAUGAACACACAAACGUAGCAAAGAGUCCGAUGAGCAAUAUUUGUCCGGAAUUUGUGAAGGAGGACGAAAUGCAGCAUGAUUACAACUCGCAUAGCUCGAAGACGCUGAAACUCGUCGAUCAAAAUAUCAAGGAGUUCAAAGUUACGGCAGACUUAUCGCGGGAAAAUAAAAUGGAGAAUCAUGCGCUGCCGCACGUGACGUAUGCGGCUGGAAAUGCAAUUGAUUCGUACAGCAAUUCGAUAAUGCAGGGCAAGGAAGCGUUAACUUCUCAGGAAGACAGUGCCAUGGAGACGAUGCCUUUAUUCAGAACGUGCCAAAGCAAUAUCGUGGAUCAGCAUUCUUUCAAGCAGGAGUUACCGACGAGCACGAAUUGUAGCGCAAUCCAGAAGUCGCACAAGUGUUGCAAUUCAGUGCCGAUCGACAUGAACGACAUUAAGCACUUGAUAAUAAAGAAACUAAAGUCCAUAAAUGACCACAGCUCGCAAAUCACAGAGAUUAUAAAACAAAAAGUAUGCCAUCGGGUCAACGAGUGCCCAAACUGUUGCACCAAAAUUGAUUGCAAGCCGUUUGUGUUUACCAGCAACGACGUGCUCGCGACGAAGGCGCAAGACCUCCCGCAUAAUACAUUCAGUCAGAACGGGAACGACGCGAAAUCGGCCUGCAACACGAAUAUAAUUUACAUGUUGAACGAACGCGACAAACGAAUUUACGUAGUAAAUCAUAUCGGUGAACGAGCCGUAGCUGCGCACACUGAGAAGGGAGUGCAGUGUCUGGAAAAAUCCAAUGACAUGCACACCGUUUCGACUACAUUUGUCGGCGACAAAAUUGUCGAGACACCGUUGUACAGCCAACACGUCGGUCUUGAUAACGCGAGAACGAGUGAUUACGGGAACGCCGUGAAGUAUUCUGAAAUCACGAUGAAGGAGCAACAAAGAAGGAACAACUGCGACACCUCGAUACCGAAUGAUCAGAUGCAUUCCUCGGAGUUUUGCAUGUUCGACAUAAAUUCUUUCGAGGUCGGCUCAAACGCAGAGAUCGAUUACGAGACGCAGCUGAAGAACUCGCUAAAGGCGGAGGACAUCAACGAGAUAACGAAGACGCUCGAUUGCAUCGACGAUGCGGAGAACAUCAGCUUUCUGAACAACAUUCAGAGCGAGAGUCUCGAAGACUUUUUCCGCCAAUCCUCCACGAUGUCGCUCAUUAAUUACGAUAAUGCAAGCGGCAUGUCGACGAAGAAGCCGCUCGUGUGUACCGAUAACGACGUUAUCGCCAUGAAGACACACGACACCUUGCAUAAUAUGUUCGACGGCAACGAGAACGAUGUUAAAUCCACCCGCGACGCGAAUACAAUCUACAUGUUGAACGAUCGUAAUAAAUGCGUUUACACCGCGAAUCAAACCGGCGAGUCUGUCGCGGCGAUGGAUGCCGACAAACGAGUGCAAUGUCUAGACAAUCCCAACGACAUGUGCACCGUCUCGACUACGUUCAUCGAAGAUCAAAUAGUGGGUUCGUUAUUGGACGGUCAGCAUGUUAAUUUUGAGACUAUGAGACUGAGCGACUACGGAAAUGAUCCUAAAUAUUCCGAGGCUAUGAUGAAGGAACAAGGAGGUGGUGGUGGUGGUAAUUGCGACACCUCGAUGUCGAGCGACCGGUUACAUUCCUCCGAGUCUUGUACAUUCGACAUGAAUUCUUUCGACAUUGACUCGAAGGAAGCUAACGAGAUCAUGAAGACUGACUGUAUAGAUGGAUUGGAAAACAUUAGUUUCCUGCACAACAUCGAGAGUCUGGAGGAGACUUUGGACGAUGUUCUCCGUCAACCUUCGCUGAUGUCGCAAAUGAAUUGCGACGGUUCAAGCGGCGAGUCGAAGGAUCUAAAAGAAAAUCUUUUCUCGGACGACAUCGCCGACUUCCUGUCCUUAAAGCAGUCUCCGUUCGACUUCGACAAUGUGUAUUGCAACGUAUUGUCGGACGUUCCUGCCUUCAAGCAGGAACAAGAACUCCAACCGCCUGCGCAACACGAGUUCUUCUUCACGGAAGGCGAUCGGAAAGCCACUUCACCCAAGCAAUUCGAAAAGGUAUCCUGGGCGCCAGGCACUUCUUGGUACCAACCAAGUUGCUCUUGGUGCUUGGUAUAAUCUUCGAUUUUCGAUGUUUGAGAGUGUACGGUGCUCGAUUACGGUGCUCAAGCGCGCGUUGGCUAAACUCUCGUGGCUUCUCUGCCUUCUCUCGCGACCAGGACUCGACGUAAUUAAUCUCGCGUCUCGCUGGCAAUUCGAUAACCUCACCGCGCUGUAUCGGCAAAAUUCAUGGCAGCAAUGGAUCCGCAUCAUAUACAGGAAGCGAGAGCCUUCGCGCUUCUUCUCUUUCUAUCUUUCUCGCCCACAGCCGCUCCUGAACUGCCUGAAUCCUCGUCUCCGCUUCGGCCAUCCUUGCGCAACCCCGAACGCAAUAAAGAUGCAGAGGAAGUGAUAAAAAGAAAAAAAAAAAGAAAAAAAGAAAAUAAAAAAGAUAUAAAGGUCCAGUUCUCGCUGCAGCAUUGUCUGCGGCUUCUCUCGGGAGUUCUCCAGCUCAAGAUCGUCGGCAAAUCUUAUAAAUGCCGCGCUAAUAUUGGACACCCAGCUUACCGGAGCCAGGGUCAAGAAUCUUGUGACUGACACGACAAAUACUUUCUCAUCACAUACACUAUAUACGCAGAUACAUAUAUUUUUAAACGAGAACGACGUUCUGCGCAAUAAUCAAAACGAUACUAUUGAUAGUAGCAUAGAGACCCCGGUGGCCUUCCAAUUCAAUAUCGACUACACCUUUUUGUGAUUACCAGCGAAGUUCGAUAAAUCUACGUCAGUAAAUCGAAAUAAAUCUCGCGCCACAGUGCCAGGAGCCUCUACUAAAAUAAUUAAUUCAAAUGUCGCACUUCCAGGUCUCAAGGAGCCGUGCAAUUUCGGUACUCUUCCUGAUAAGUUAAAAAGAUAAAAGUAACGAUGCCUUAAUCCGAGACUUUUUAUGUUUGCAAGAAUGAUAUUGAAGGCUUUCAUAUCCUGAGAUAUGGACCGAAUCAAUCGUCGAAUGAAUUUUGCACUUCCGAGAAUAUUCCGUCAGAUUUGCUAACAAAUUAAAUCCAACAUCGCAAAGAAAGGAUUCUACAUCAUCGUGUAUUAUGUGGGAUAUAUAUACAUAUACAUAUAUUUUUGCCCCUGAAUGAUCCCGACGGGAAGCCUCUGAAAAGAAAAAAAGGAUGACUAAAAUUUCCGAAGCACCGACCUGUAGGUCUGCGAAUAUCACUGACAAACGAGCUAUGAAAUAUGACCACUCUAUUAAAAAUACACCCAGGAAGAAAUGAUUUGUAUAGCAGUAAUUUCGACAAAGCAUUUUAAUGUUUGCGAGAGAGACCAUCUAAAAAAAUCUCGAGAGAUGGGCUUCAAGUCGAUUUUCUAAGGAAUUUUAUACUUCUCCAAAUGUACUCUCAUUCAGACCUGCCAACAAGCUUAAUAUCAUAAAGAAGAUAUACUCUGCUUGAACAUCACCCAAGUAUAAGAUAUAUACUUACUCUCUUUGAACGAUCUUAAUGGGAAUCUAAAUAAGCCUAAAUCACGAUAAGAUUAACUGAAACCAUAGACCAUAAGCUAAUAAAUAUCAUUAAGGAAUAAACUGUCAGAUGUACUCAACUAUCGCCUAUCGAAGAUACACCUCAGAAGAAAAAGGAUCACGUCUAUAGUUUUGCUUCUUCUAGAAGCCAACAGAGUUGUUUACUCUCUGAACCAUCAUGGUGUUCAAAAAGAGCUUUUUUACUUCCUACGAUGAAAGAGUUUAUAUGUAGAGGAACGAGAAUAAUAAAGAGUGUGAAUAAUAGUGGUGCGAUUGUUGCUUAUGAUCCUGAAGAAGUCGUCAAUUUCUAUUUACUAGAAACGAAUUUGGUAAAUAGCUAUUUACUAUGAUGCACACUAAGUCUCGUAACUUGAUGGCGAUCGGUCGAAAUCUCUGAACGUAUGAUAUAGAAGAAACUCGCUCUAUUAUCAUUCGAAUUACUUCCAAGUUAUCAGUAUAGUUAAAUACACUUUUUUCCAACUACGUCAACAUGAUUAAUACAACACGUGUAUCUAUUCAGCUAUGAUGAAAUUAGAAAUCUGUGUGCGGACAUAGCUUUUCUGAGUUAUGUUUCAUUACAAUUAUAGUAUAUUUUCGCACAACCAAGAAGUACUUCUGACAGAUCAUUUUUUUCGUUUUAAGCGUACAACCAAGAGGUACUUCUGACAGAUCAUUUAUUUCGUUUUAAGCGUAUGUUAUUUUGCGAAGUUGCGUUUUAAUGCCACACAACUGUAAAUAAUGCGAAUGAAGUACGCUUUGGAAGGUAAAGGUAUACGAAACUCUAAAUACUUUAGCGAUCUCAUUUACACACUGGUAAAAGUUAUAUUUCUGGGGAACUGUUAUAGCGAAAGUAUAUAUAGACUUAAUAGAGAUAAUCACAGUAAAAGGUUUCAACAUACACGGAUUAUCAUAGAGUUGAAGGAGAAAAUAGGGUAUUUUAUUUUAAUUUUAGAUAAGACACACAAUUAGUGGUUAUUACACUAUCUAUUGAAACUAAUAUACUCCCUCUGAAUAUAUACCAAUAUACUGAACAUUUCGGGCAACUCACGGUUUUACAGGAUUAGCUACAGAUAGUUUCAUAUAUUAUGUAUAACUAAUGUACGUCAUCUCCCACGCUUUUCUUUGGUAGCUCUAAUUUAAGUAUUAGCCAGGAAAUAUAUAGCAGCAGAUAAAACUGAAUUGCUGAGUAUUCUGCCCACUUUAUUGUGCGCAAUUAUUGCUGUUUGGCAAUAAAGGCAUUUACUCUUAUGUAA